UUAGCCUCAUCUCACUGACACGGACGCGCAAACGGCACCCAACUGUACGGGACAUAAAGCGUCUCUCUCUCUCAAGGAAAUUGCACGAAGUGACUCAUAUCACACUCUGCUUCUGUUUUCAUCUUUGGAUUACGAAAAUAUUUAAAGACUGAAACAGUGAAUCCAGCAUGGGAACUAACCCAAAAAGGACAGUGACGGUCCAGAUGGUGCCUCAGCUGGAUGUGGCGGACACGCUGGGCAAUAAGGAGUCGAAUGCCAACUGGGCUAAAGAGCCCAACCUAAACCUCUCUCAGGUUUGUCCAAAACCCAGCCUCACAUCUACCGAUCACAAAAAGGAUAACUUAUCUCUGACUGCUGCUCCUGCUAAUGCCAUCCCACCUCCCCAAAAAACAGCUUCUAAGGGAGGCGAUCCACUUAGCAGUGCUGUGUUGGACAUACAAACACCAACCAAUGGAAACCAGCAAAAAUCCGAGUUUGUGGCAGGUGGAGACCAACAGAUGCCAAACCUGUCUCUCGCAGGCCAAGGUGUGGGUGAGGUAGGAGUCGACCAGAGGGAUGCUAAUGCUAAUAUGAGAAUGUUAAGCCCAGCUGAUGAAAAGGAUAUCUUUAAGGCCGGUUUGUCAUCUGCUGUUACAGCGUCAAAGGUCGACACACCAACCAAUGACUGCAGAGUAAAAGGGCCAAGUGCACCAGAGGAGGAGUGUGCAAAGCCUGCCGUGAGCAGUGGAACAUCCUCAGCCAAAGCCACAGCACAAGAGGACACUACAAAACAUGUCUCUGCAAAUAAUCAAAAUCCUAACAACGCUUGUGACUUAAAACAAGCAGCAUCUGAAGUGCUGACACCCCAACAGGAUAAUAAAGAAAGUACCUCAGCUGCUUUAAACAAGGACACUGCUUUACCACAGAAAUCUAAAGAGCCAGAUCAUAUACAAAAGUGCUCACUAAGCUCCAUCUCUCUGCAAGAGUCACCCAAACCUAAACAAUGUAUGGAAACAGCAGCUCUACUUAGCUCUACUUCACCUCCAGCUAAGAGCCAAGAUGCAGAGGCUGAGCCUACAAAUAAGAGUUCAAGUUCAAUACAUCCAGAGAAAGAUUUGCAACUAGUAAAGAAAUCACAAGUCUCCACAGAUAUGCAUCAGCCAGUAUCUUCACAGAAGGAUUCCUCCACUCUGCCCCAGGCUGUACGAAACAUGCCGACAUAUGGGCAGUUGGCUGAGGUAAACAGCCAAACUGACACAGCUGUCUUUGAGGAGCAGCAGCAGCAGCCGAAGCUCUACAAGGAAGCUUCAACCAUGACCUCAUCCCUAUCAUCCACCCCAGUCAAGCAGUUUCAUGAUAUGGAGGUUCAAGCGGUAGCAAAAAUGUGCAGUAAGGCUGUGUCCACAAGUCCGAGUCUGUUGCCUGUGACUCGCAGGCCAAGCACUGGUGCGGUACCCAGGGAGGAGGCACAGAGCCUGGCUGUAGUGUACCAGGUCGACGGGGGUCUGGGCCUCCAUCAGAUUGGGCCGUCACAGAUGAACGUAACUUCUCUUAACACCUCUACUGAUCCCAAGUCAGAGAGACUCACUGUUGAGGCAGAGAUGUGCCCCAACCAGAAUGCUGGCAAGGUUUUUCUCUCAGAAACUUUGUUGCAGCAGCAAGACACCAAGCUGGGAGCAAAGCCUAAUGAACCAGGAUCAGCUCUAUGCAACACCCAGCCAGUUUAUCAAAUCAACAUUGAACACAGCAAUCACAAGGAGCAGGGAGAGACAAGUAACUCCCAAAAUAAAACUGCAGUUCAGACAUCUGCAGCGAAAACAUCCACUGCUGGAGCUCCCUCUUUUAAAUCAGGAACACCCCCAGAGACAAAUGUUGCUACCAAGCCUGGAUCUGCUGACAGUAACAAUGCUGCGCUGUCUCAGGCUGCUGUAACAACCAAGCCCAAGGAGGCCCUGCCAACAGUAACUACAGCAAACACAAAGUCAGAUUCAACAAAAAAGAAAGCUGAAAGUCCUAAAGAAAAGACUAAAGCUGUAAGUAAAGCCCUGACGAAGCAGACGAAUUCUGACAAGAAGAAGAUGGAACCAGAGAGAAAUGACGAGGAGGAUGACCAGUCAGGGAAACAGAAAGGAAAGAGCGUCCAUGAUGUUGUCUGGGAUGAACAAGGGAUGACUUGGGAAGUCUACGGGGCUUCUGUGGACCCAGAAUCCCUCGGUUUUGCCAUUCAGAGCCACUUGCAGUGCAAAAUCAAGGAACAAGAGAGGAAACUGAUAGUCCAGACCUCCCUCCGAAAGUCAAUCUCCGGUGUGGACUCACCGCGACAUGGCAGGAAGAACAAAAGGAGGCAGCAGAACAUUUUCAGGUCAAUGCUGCAAAAUGUCAGACGGCCCAACUGCUGCGUGCGUCCCCCUCCCUCCUCCGUCCUCGAGUAGCACAGCACACAGGUAGCCAAUGUCAGACUCCUCCCUUUUCCUAGAGGUCAAAACGUUUGUCCUCCCCUCGUCAUGAUUGCAAUGCCAAGUAAAACAUUAAUGGAACGUCGGUCCCUGUAAGUAUACUGAAAUGUUGUAGCAUAAAGAGUCAAACCAUUUGUGAUGUUUGUGAUGAAAGGAGAUAAAGGUAGGACAUAGAAAUAUAAAAUGAACACAAGACUUAUUUUAUAGAAAUAGAUAUUAAAAAAGAGAGAAAAUAUCUAACAGUUUUUAAAUUAAAAAAAGGCAAUAAUAGUGAAACGCAUGUAUAUUAGUUAUACUGGCAGUUGUAUGACCUGAAAGGAAGUCCAGACCUUCACAGUAAAAGGCUCAGAUUAUGGGGUAGACAUAUUACUUACUGUCAAAAUAUUUGUGCAAAUAUAUUCACCCAACAUCUCAUUACAUUUGGUGCAUUUGGUAUAUGUUUUUGAGGUGUUUUUGGGGCCCUAUAUUUAUAAGAUUGCUGUAUUUUCUUUUCUCUUGCACAUUUAUUUUUAGUGAGUGAUUUAAAAAAAAAAAAGGGAC